UGAACAAAACAUUUGUUUGCGAAACUCAUUUCGAUCUUUAGAACCCUUUAGACCAAUUUCUUUUCCUAUCUUUUAGAACCCUUUUCCUGGGAUUUGUUUUGAUUUCGAUAUUUAUUAUUUUUUCUUCGGCCUUCUGUUUCUCCUUGUUUCUUAUUGGUUUACUCCAUUUUCUUGUUUGAACUUCUUGGCUUGAGUGGCGUCGCGGAAAUAGCAAGACAUCCUUCUCGGCUUGGAGACAUAUUAAGGGAAUAAAAUGUUAAAAGUCCUUCCACCCAUCAUAGGCAAUCGAGCUAAAGCGAAAUGCGGCGAAAUUUACUUUCAUAACUCCACCGAAUUCACCAUUUUAUGUGUGUGUGGUCUGAAACAUUUUGUUUUCGAUGACUUCCUGUUGCACAUCCAGAAUGUCCACUUUGAAAACGACUUACUCAAAACGGAAUCCUUUAGCAGUAAAGAUGACACCAAAUACCCAGGAGUGGAGAUAAAAUCGGAAGGUGAAAUAAAUAUACCACCCUAUGACCAAUUGCAUGAGGAAGAAAUAUGGGAUAGCCAGGCAUUAAUUGGUGGAGAAGAAGAUUUCCUUUCAGGUAAUGAUCACAACAUCGAUGGAGAUGAUGCGGAUUCCGAAGAGGAUAGUUGUGAGGAGGAAUUUAUAUCGGUAUUAAAAAAACCAAACAAAACCAAGGCGAGAGAAAUGAAAAAAAUUAAAAGUGAUAUUGAAGACGACGAAGAGGACGAAGAUCAUAGUUCGGAUGAAGAUUUUAAACCACCAUUGGACGGCGAAGCGGCCACAACGGAGGCAUGUGUGGAAUGUGAACUUUGUUGCAAAUCCUUUCGCAAUGCUAGACUUUUGAGGGCACACACAAAACGAGUACAUGAUGAAAGUGGUAUUAAGAAAGAAGUUCCGGAAGCGAAGGAGCAUAAAUGUUCAGAAUGUAACGAAGUGUUUAACAAAAGAAAGCAUUUGGACCAACACAUCAUCGAAAUCCAUGGCGGUUUUAAAUGCUCGAUGUGUGGGUUGCGCUACAAACAACGGCAUCAGCUCAAAAGGCAUGAAAAGACGCACAGUGCGGAGAAAAAUUUCACUUGCCAUGUUGAGGGUUGUGGGAAAAGUUUUGCGGAAAAAUACUAUCUGCGGCGCCACAUAGAUGUCCAUAGAACCGAUCGAAGUUUUGUGUGCGAUUUUGAAAACUGUGGAAAAGCUUUUCACACAAUGCGUCGUUUGCGAGCCCAUCAAAAAAUCCACACUAAACCGAAAAAUCUCAUCUGUGAUGCCUGUGGCUAUACAUGCCGGGAAAACGAAACGUUGCGGGUACAUCAGCGAUCGCAUACUGGCGAGAAACCCUAUGCCUGUGAGGUAUGUCAGAAGCGUUUCGUGUCCAGUUCGGCACUGGGUGAACAUAUGGCCUCCCAUUCGACGGAAAGACCGCAUAUUUGCAAAGUUUGCAAUGCCUCAUUUGCCCGACAAAAGGCACUCUAUCAUCACAGUUUUCUGCAUUCGGAUGUUAAAAAAUUCAAAUGUAAAAUUUGUGGUAGUGCCUAUAAGCAGGCAUCCGGUUUAGCUGGUCAUAUGCGUAAGCAUAGGGAGGAAGGCAUGAUGUCAAUGGUACCUGAUAGAAGUAAUAUAGUGCCGGCCGCACCAACUGUGGUACCACCAACGUCGUCGUCUUUGAGGGUAGCCUAUGUUCCACCAACGUAUCAAUUUAAUGCGUUUUAUGAACAUUACAGCUGUUUCAUUGACUAUCCCCUUAUCCAAACGGUUAAUCGGGAAAUCAAAACAAUUAGCUUCAAAAUGCUAAAAAAUUGUUUUUUACCCGUAAAUUACAAUAAACCAGGACAGUUAUGCGGUGAAAUAUUCUAUCAAAACUUUGACGAGUUCAUAUUCAACUGUAAAUUGUGCAAAAUAAAAAUAUUCGAUUACUUUGAUUUUGUAAAACAUCUGAAAAAUUCCCAUGCCAAUGAGUUAUCAGACAUCAGGAAGAACGAGGGAACAGCAUCAUGGAAAAAUGAAGAAACGGAAGAUGUUGAGUAUAUUUUAAAAUGCAAUUCCAGCGUUUCUUCCAACACUGCUGACCAAGUAGAUGCUUUAACGAAGGAAUUUAAGGUGGAGCAAGAGUUCAUUAUCGAUGAUGCUUAUAAUAAUAAUGAAGCGGACGACGAUGAUUAUAUGCCAGACGAGGAAGAAGAGAGAUAUUCUCUUCACUCGGAUCCGGAGGAAGAGGAUGAACCCAAAAGUAUAAUAAGAAAUACCAAUGUACCAAAAGAAUUUCCCUGUGAGUCUUGUGAAAAGAUAUUUGUGACCAAACAUCGUUUGCACUUGCACAUGAAAAUGGUUCAUAUGAGGGAAAGACCGUACAAGUGCGACUACUGUGAUAAGUCCUUUUUCGAGAACAGUUCUCUGCAGAAUCACAUUGGCCAACAUACCGGCUACAAUUGUCCGACAUGCAACAAAACCUUCUCAACCAAACGUAAUUUAAAGCGCCACACAUAUUUGCACAUAGAAACCAAGGAAUUUGUGUGUUCCGUGGAUAAUUGCGGCAAAGCGUUCUCCAACAAAAUUCUCCUAAAGGAACAUGGACGUGCCCACAAGAGGGAUAUAUUCAUCUGCGAGGAAUGUGGCUAUAAGUGUCGCCAGCGAGAGUCGCUCAUAGUACACAAACGAAGUCACACGGGUGAGAAACCAUUCGGUUGCGAAUUGUGCGACCGUAGAUUUGGAUCAAAACCCUUGUUGAAGGAACACAUGGCGACCCACGAAACCGAGCGUAAUCACAUAUGUGAUGUCUGUGGCAAAAGUUUUAAUCGGCCGAAGGCACUGUAUCAUCAUAAGCACUUGCAUUUGGGCAUUAAGAAAUAUGUGUGUAAAGUUUGUGGCCAGGCGUAUGCUCAGGCAGCAGGUCUAUCGGCACAUACGCGUAAGCAUCGGGAGGAUGCGGGACUAUUUCCAAAUGUACUCUCUAAUCCGUUAAAUGUAAAUACUAUUUUUAAUAAUAUGUAAGCUGUUGAAUAAAGAAGUUAAGUAAGUGUA